UUAGCGUUGGCCUUCAGAGCCACCUCACCUUUACCAUGAAGUCCAGCAGUCUCUUCCUCCUUGUGGGACUUCUUGCCCUGGGAACCUUGGCACCUUGGGCUGUAGAAGGUGCUGCAACAGCUUUCAAAGCUGGAGCCUGCCCUCCUAUAAAAGCUGCCCAGUGCCUCGCAUUUGAAGAACCCAUGUGCAAUAGUGACUGGAACUGUCCAGAGAAUAAAAAAUGUUGCGCUGAUGUUUGUGGCAUCAAAUGCCUUGCUCCUGUUACUGUCUCAAGCCAAGUGAAGAAACCCGGGAAGUGUCCAAAGGUUGAUGGUCAAUGUAUGAUGCUUAACCCUCCCAACUUCUGUGAGGAGGACAAAGAGUGUCAGGACAACUUGAAGUGCUGCAUGGGCAUGUGUGGGAAAGUCUGUGUUGACCCCCAGAAAGCCUGAUUCCCACCUUUUGGAGGAGCUCUGAUUCCCACUCUGUGUGGUCUGGGAACAUCCUUCCUGGUCCCAGGAUUGGAUCACUGGACACUUCAUGGUGAGGGUUUGGUUCCUCCACCAAUACCUCUUCUGGAGGAAGACUAUAUGGUCUGGGGAAGUGCCAACUAAUUGGUGAAUAAACACCAGCAUGCAUUUGUCUCUGUA